CCCCACGGUGGCGGCCGGAGCAGCGGCAGCCAGAGCCCGGCUCUAGGAUGAAGUUCAAGCCCAACCAGACGCGGACGUACGACCGCGAGGGCUUCAAGAAGCGGGCGGCCUGCCUGUGCUUCCGCAGCGAGCAGGAGGACGAGGUGUUGUUGGUGAGUAGCAGUCGGUACCCAGACCAGUGGAUUGUCCCAGGAGGAGGGAUGGAGCCAGAGGAGGAGCCUGGCGGUGCAGCUGUGAGAGAAGUGUAUGAGGAGGCUGGCGUCAAAGGAAAAUUAGGCAGACUCCUGGGAGUAUUUGAGCAGAAUCAAGACCGGAAGCACAGGACAUACGUUUAUGUCCUGACAGUCACUGAAAUACUGGAAGACUGGGAAGACUCUGUUAACAUAGGAAGGAAGAGAGAGUGGUUCAAAGUAGAAGAUGCAAUCAGAGUUCUUCAGUGCCAUAAGCCUGUCCACGCAGAGUAUCUGGAAAAACUGAAGCUGGGGUGUUCUCCAACCAAUGGAAAUUCCACUGCCCCAUCCCUCCCAGAUAACAAUGCCUUGUUUGUGACUACUGCACAGCCCCCUGGGGUGCCAUCCAGUAUAAGAUAGAGAGUUGGGGACCCCUCCCCCACCGUGUCAUGUCACAGAGAGGCUUUUUUACUUUUCUUGUAACACGCCUGACUGCUGCCGGCAAACUCUGAAUUUGCCAUGCAGGGAUUUCAAAUAAUUUGCAUGUAUUUCAGAUGCUUUCAAGUCUUUUAAAAUAAACAACAAAAUAGCAAAAGUAUUUUAAGACGCCAAAGCCAUGUGGAAUUUUUUAAAGCCUUAAUUGUAACCUUACCCUAUUUUUCUUUU